AUGAAUGAAUGCUUUAGUGAGUGCAUAAAGAAAUUAAAAACAAAAAUGCCAAAUGGCAGCUGUGAAUUCGAAAUGAAACAAUUUAUUACGAGACUCUCAAAUGACAUAAUUGCUUCCACUGCUUUUGGAAUAAAUGUUAAUUCAUAUCAGGAUCCAAAUAAUAAAUUUUACAAUGUGGGUCAAUCAAUUACUCGUUUUAGAGGAUCACAAAUGUUCAAGUUUAUGAUUUCGAAUGUAGCACCUUGGAUUCUAACGUACCUUGGCAUGAAAAUUUUCGAUAAAGAGAAGACAGAUUACUUUACUCGCCUUGUUAUUGAUGCCAUGAAAUACCGAGAGAAGAAUAACAUUGUACGUCACGACAUGAUUCAACUAUUACUAGAAGCUAAGAAAGAUUCUGCACAGCACUGGUCUGAUGAAGAAAUUGUUGCACAAUGUUUCAUCUUCUUCUUCGCUGCUUUUGAGAAUAACGCAAACUUGAUUUGUGCGGCAAGUCAUGAAUUAAUGUCAAAUCCUGAUGUUCAACAACGUUUGUAUGAGGAAUGUCUUGAAAUUAAAGAAGAAUUACAAGAUCAACCGCUGAAUUAUGAUAUAGCAAAUAAAUUGAAAUACAUGGAUAUGGUGCUCAAUGAAACUCUCCGCAAAUGGUCUUUCGCUUCAUUCACUGAUCGUGUUUGUUCUAAGGAUUAUAAACUGACAGACGAAGACGAUAACUUUGUUUUUGACUUUAAAGUUGGUGAUCGUGUUUGGUUUCCACUUGGGGGUUUACAAAUGGAUGAACAAUAUUUUGAAAAUCCUGAUGUGUUUGAUCCAGAACGUUUUAGUGAUGAUAACAAAGGAAAUAUUAAACCAUUUACAUUUCUGCCUUUUGGUGCAGGACCUAGAAAUUGCAUAGGUAAUCGUUAUGCAUUGAUGCAGGCAAAAGCGAUGUUAUAUUAUUUAGUUAUCAACUGUAAAUUGGAACGUUCGGAGAAAACUGUCAAAGAUAUUUUCAAUGAUAUGCGUGGCUUUAAUGUAAACCCGCAAGGAGGUUUUUGGAUACGCUUCGUUUCGAGAAAGUAGCAUAGCAACUCAUUGAUUAUGCCUAACUUUAUCUAUAAAUGUUUAGUUCUACAAAUUUUAAUCAAUUUAUUUUAUCGAUCGUUAUUGGUGUACACAAAGACUUAUCUUUUGUUAAUAAGAAGUACUUAAAAAUAAAAUAUUUUGUAUAAGACAUUUGUAAUAUAUA